CGUCACUUCUGUGUAUACAGUUUGUAAACAAAGCCAAAACAAAGAUGGAUUCAUCAAGAGGUUUAAUCUAAAAAUAUAGUCAGAUCGAAUAACCAAAUAGCACAAAUUGAAAUCGGUGUCAUUUACAGUUCACUGACUUAGCUAGCUGUCCUGUUCGUAGUGGGGAUUGUGUGUGCUGGUCCAGUUCAAUGGGGAACUGUUUGUCUUCGCAAGGCGCCGACGACUUGUCUCUCCUCAACGAGUCCCAGGAAGCCAGUGUUCCAGGGGAGCCCCCACCGCCUUACCAGGAGCGUGUUCAGGCGCCAGUGUACCACCCCACCCCCAGUCAGACGUGCCUGGCCAGCCAGCUGACAGAGGAGGAGCAGGUCCGUAUCGCCCAGCGGAUUGGCCUCAUCCACCACCUCCCCAGAGGCAUCUUCGACCCCGGCUCUGAGCCCUCUGACAAGAAAGUCAAAGAGUGUGCGAUCUGUAUGAAUGACUUUGAGUACGGCGACCCCAUCCGGUUCCUUCCCUGCCUGCACAUCUACCACGUGGACUGCAUCGACACCUGGCUGAUGAGGUCCUUCACCUGUCCUUCCUGUAUGGAGCCUGUGGAUGCCGCCCUGCUCUCCUCUUAUGAGACCAACUGAACUGGUCUCAUAGGAGACCAGUUCACUCAUCUGAGCAGUCUCUGGCUGGGUCCUGUUCAUUAGGCCAAACAGAAGAAAACUGAUUAAAACAGGGAGGGACUUGCCCUGGACUUGUCCAAUAAGAAGUGCUUGUUCAAUUUUUUUUCAGUUGCAAAACUAUUCCCUAUUUAAUGUACUACUUUUCACCAGAGCCUUAUAGGCCCUGAUCCAAAGUAGUGCAUUAAAUAGGGAAUAGUGUGCACACAAUCCUAGAAACUUCCCCUCUAACAGAGGUGCCUGCCAAACGCCCUUACACAUCACCUCUUUAACCUGGAUGUCCUAGUCACACAGCCCUGGGAGGAUAUCAAAAUAUAUAUAUUUUUUAAAUGUAACCUUUAUUUAACUAGUGAAGUCGGUUAAGAACAAAUUCUUAUUUACAAUGACGGCCUACACCGGCCAAACUCGGACGGCGCUGGGCCAAUUGUGUGCCGCCCUAUGGGGACAGCCAAUUGUGAUACAGUCUGGAUUUGAACCAGGUGGUCUGUAGUGACGCCUCUAGCACUGAGAUGCAGUGUCUUAGACCACUGCGCCACUUGGAAGCUCCAUAUGUAGGGCGUACCACACUGAGUGUGUUGAAAGUGGGGUGUUCUACUCUGUAUUGGGGCUUUUGGAAUUAGGAACGUCUGUCUUUCGCCUUUUCAGACUUGUUUUCAAAUACAUGUGAAGUGAAGGAUAUAGAUGGAGAUCUUUAGAAGUCAUGAUGAGCGAUAUUAUUGACAACUGAUUUCACCUUUGGAUGAUCUGAGGGUGGUAGACUAGAGAUUGGCCCAUUAGUUUAGUUUAUGUAGGCUGGUCUUGGAUCUGUUAGUGCAACUGAUGGCACAAACAGAUCUAUAUCUUUGUUUAUGUGGUUGGUUUAUUUUAAUUCCCUUUUCAAUCAUCCCCCUCCAGACUAAAAUGUGCAAUAUGAUGUGAGGAAGUGCUAGAAUUGCACCGUUCUGAUUGGUCAAAAGAAGGUGACCCCCGACCUUAACACUGCUGUCUCGGCCAAUUAGCUUUAAGACGGGUAUGGCCUUGAAUGUCUCUCAAAAAAGCACAGGGCUCUUGACUAGAAUGCAAACAUUUUUCUCAUUAAAUGGCAAUCAUAGAGAGAGAGAAAAGUUCACAAAGUAAUGAGAUAUGAGAAUAAGCUAUGAGGUCUCCAUCCCAUGCCGGUCUAGUAGGUUACCUCAUGACUUACUACUGGCCUCAUACCUUUAUUGGAGAUGUUGGAUUUGUAUGUAUGUUGUUUUACAGGGUGGGUUGUUGUAGCUGUUAGUCCAGAUCUAUUUGUGCUGUCUUGCCAAGGUGGCCAGCCUUACUGGGCUAGCUCUUAGUACCUUAAACUGCAUUUUCACCUUGGAUCUUUUUCCUUACAAAGCUUUGCCUUGACUGUGUGCUGUCUUACUCUUAUGAGAUCAUGGCUUGUUGUUGUUGUUCAUUCUUAUGUUUACUGUUAGUGAGUGACUUUUGCGUCCAAAAUGGCAAACUAAUCCCUAUAUAAUGCACUACUUUUGAGCAAAGCACGAUGCAGGAACUGGUCAAGAGCAGUGCACUAUGUAGGGAUUAGGGUGCCAUUUUGGACGUGGCCCAAAAUGCUGUGCCAUUAUCUAUCCCCGAAUUCUAUGCACCUUGGGAUCUCCUCUGGUACCGUGUAGGUCUGGGACUGUAUUCACAAAGAGUCUUAGAGUAGGAGACCGUUUUGCCUUUUGGAUCAGUUAUAUGGACUCCUAGUCUUUGUGACGACAGGCCUUGAAUCAGGACAGAGGAAACAUCUUUUGUUCUCCUUUUCCCUCUUCCUUCUUCUAUUUCUCCUACUACUCACUCUAUUGUCUCUUUGAAUAACUUUAUUGUAGAAGUGUUUGACAAGAGAGAAAGAGAAUGAAUACGUGUCAAAAUAUAAUUUACACUGUUUUGGAUACUUUGUGUAAAGGUUGUAUCUAGAGUGUUUUUUCCAAUGUUGUCAGAAAAUGUGUUUGUGAAUAUAGAUCUGUUUUUUUUGUAUUGUAGUGAGGAUCUAUUCUACAUGAUUGAAUUCCAGAGGCUUUUUAAACUGUUUUGUUGAUUGAUUAUUGGACUAAAAUGAAUAGGAAACUCUUAUUGAUUGACUGUGGUUUGAUACUAACAAAGUAAGGACAAGUGAGAGAGGGUACAGACUCAAACUGAGGAGAAUAUAAUGGAUUGUGAGUUGAACCCAUUCUGAAUGUAACUAUCUGAUCGUGGACAUUACUGUGAUGAAGUCAAAACCAGGAGCGUAUUUGAAAUGUACCCUCAUCACCAACUCUCUUCAGGUGAAAGUGGGGAAAGUAUGGCUGCUAUUCAGUUCAGUCCUAGACCUAUGCCCUUUUUAGGUGAACGUGAGCCAACUCCUGUGAAGUACAAUCAUUUCUGAUACUUGUGUCAUUGUUUUAGUGCUCCUUGAAGCCGGAGAUGGAGAGUGUGUGUACUGAAAGAAGAAUAUGAUUAGUCAGACUGUUCCUGGCUGCUGUUUCUGGGUUUUGUAAUGUGUGUGUGCAAUGAGGGCUCAGCUUUUAGGAAAAACUACAAUAAAAAGUGGAUGCCAAAUCUAACCUUCUUCA